AGCAAUGGCCACAGCUGCAUCGAAUCCCUACAGCAUUCUCAGCUCGACUUCCAUGGUCCACCCGGACGCCUCGGUCAUGCAACAAGGGGGGAGCCCUUUCCGAAACCACCAGAAACUGAUCCAAAGCGACUACCUGCAGGGCGUGCAGAGCAAUGGACACCCGAUCGGGCAUCAGUGGGUGAGCAGCUUAGCCGACGGCAGCCCUUGGUCUACGUCGCUUGAGCAGCAGGACGUAAAGCCAUUACGGGAAGACCUUCAGCUUGGGGCAAUCAUCCAUCACCGAUCAACGGCGCAUGUGGCGCACCACUCCCCGCACACGAAUCAUCAUGCGGGCUCAUGGGGCACGCCCGCGUCUCACAACUCGCCAUCCAUCAAUAUCUACUCCCAGACUGGUUUCUCAGUUAACGGCAUGCACGGUGGUUUAACGCCGCCGCCACCACCAUCGAGCUCUGCACCGACCCAGAGUUUGCAUCCCGGACUACGUGAGACACCCGAGCCCGGUGAGCUGGGAGUGCACCACUGCCUCGACCACUCGGAUGAGGAGACACCGACAUCGGACGAGCUGGAGCAGUUUGCCAAACAGUUCAAACAGCGCCGGAUCAAACUUGGCUUCACGCAGGCUGACGUCGGGCUGGCACUCGGCACGCUUUACGGCAAUGUGUUCUCGCAGACCACGAUCUGUCGCUUCGAAGCGCUGCAGCUCAGUUUUAAAAAUAUGUGCAAGCUCAAACCGCUGCUGAACAAGUGGCUCGAAGAGGCCGACUCGUCCACAGGAAGCCCGAGUAGCAUCGAUAAGAUCGCCGCACAGGGCAGGAAGCGCAAAAAACGGACGUCGAUUGAGGUGAGCGUCAAGGGUGUGCUCGAAACCCACUUCUUGAAGUGUCCCAAACCAGCGGCGCAGGAGAUCUCGUCGCUGGCGGACAGCCUGCAGCUGGAGAAGGAGGUGGUGCGCGUUUGGUUUUGCAACCGACGGCAAAAGGAGAAGCGCAUGACGCCGCCAGGAGAGCAGCAAGGACACGAGGUUUAUUCACACACCGUGAACGCGGACAGCUCAUCUUGUCGAGAUCUAUGACCAAGAACGCUGCCACAAUACGGAAAUCUUGGCUUUUCAGCUCUUAUUUUUUUACGGUGGCUCUUGCUUCUCCACCUCUCGAUCUUUGUCGCUUUCGUAAUUCCUUAAUUGAAAGAAUCGAAACUUCCUGAGCCCGAAAAACUAUGAGAUAUUGCCCUACAGUUUUGAUUUUCUUUUCAGCGAGAUGGGCAUUAAUGAGACAAUGUUUAUUUAAAUAGCAAAUGGACGUUAUUUACCAAAAUGUUCUUUCUUAUGACAACAAGAAUAUGAAAAUUUUGUGCCUAUUAAAAAGACCUCCCAGCGCCUUGAUUUAAAAAAAGCCUACAAUUAUACAUCAGGUUGAGUAGGCUGCUAAUUUUCUACGCAUAUUAUCGCAUGGUCUUUUUUUUAUUUGUCAUGUUUCCAUGCGCAUUUUAAUUUGCACAUUUCUGUAGUAAGAAGACAGACUGCCGUGAUUGUUAUCUGACGUAUUUAAUUUCAAUCAAUUCCCAUCGCUUGU